GCCAGAGCAGCAGCGACGAUGGAUCAGCCGCUGUCAUCGACACAGCGAGCCGCGCUCGAGCAGCUGAGCGCCGUCACGGCGCGCUCGCCCGACCUCGGGUCAGAUGAGGCGAGGAGCAGCCUCGAACUACUGCGCACGAGCGGCUGGGACGUUCAGACCGCCGUCUCGCGCAUCUACGACGGCGAGGGCGCUCCCUCGCCCAACUCGUCUUCGGCCGCCGCCGGCGCUCGACACGCCUAUCCGCCCACGCCCGACGAUGACGAGCCCGACGUCGACGACGCCCUUCUCGCAGGAGCGAGGAACGGUUCGGCGCGCAGAAGAGGCUCGGGCGGGACUGGAGGACUCGGCACCGGCGCGGUCGGGCUCUACUACCUUCGUCAGGCUCUCGCCGUCCCGCUCACCAUCCUCUCGUUCCCGGCCGCGCUCAUCUACAACCUCGGCGCCCUCCUCCUCGGCCUCGUCGCCCGCCUCUUCCGCCUGCGAGGGCCGUCGACCACUACCCUUCGACCGCGCAACCCCUUCGGACACCGUGCGCCGAGGACAAUCCUGUCGCCCGCCGCCGCUGCCGAGCAGUGGGUCAAGUCGAUCGAGGAGGCGACGGGCCUCUCGCGCCAGGUCGACGAUGCCGGGUCGUCCACGUCGGGCAUGCAGGCCACCUCGUCGUCUUCUACCGGCCUGUCGGCCCGCCGUCGAGGGUCCGGCCUCGCCCCGCCCGGGUCGGGUCAGCGCAUCCCGCGCUUCCUCGUCGGCUCGUACGACGCCGCGCUGCGUGCCGCGCGCGACGACAAGCGCGUCCUCAUGGUCGUCUUGUCGAGUGGCGAGAACGAGCGAGAUGCGCGGUUCAAGCGCGACGUCCUGUGCGACGAGGAGGUGAACCGCGUCCUCGAGGAGGAGGACGUUCUCGUAUGGGGCGGCGACGUCGGCGAGCGCGAGGCUUUCCAGGUCGGCCAGACGCUGUCCUACAUCGCCCUUCCCUUCGUCGCCUUUGUCGCUCUUCAACCCUCGACCCCUCACUCGUCCAACCCCGCCACCGCCUCGACCGCCUCUCCUCGCCUACGCCUCUUGACGCGCCUCGAGCACUCGCCCUCGGCACCCCUUACCGCCGCGUCCCUCCACACGCACCUCGUCACGCUCGUCCUCCCGCGCGCCGAGCCGUACCUCGCCCGCCUGCGGGCCCAGGAGGUUCAACGCGCUGCCGACCGCCUCGCGAGGGACGAGGCCGAGCGCCGCGUCAACGAGCUCGCGCGCCGCGACGAGGAGAAGGUCCUCGCCGUCCGCCGCCGCGAGGAGGAGCGCCGGCGCGCCGAGCGCGAGGCGCACGAGCGAGCUGAGCGGGCGCAGGUCGAGUUGCGCGAGAGGGAGCGUGUCGCCGGGCUCGCUCGGCGGUGGCGAGCGUGGAAGCGCGUCGAGCUGGCGGGACGGCCCGAGGGCGCCGACGUCCGGGUCGCAGUGCGGCUCGGCGACGGGCGCAGGGCGAUGCGCGGGUUCAGCGCAGAGGACGGGACGGACGAGGUGUAUGGGUGGGUCGAGUGCGAGCUCGGUGCGGCGGACGAUGCGGCGCAGGCGAGGGCCGACGGCGAGAGCGAGAUCGAGCGGCGUGCGCCGCCCGAGGGCUGGCAGCAGCAGUUCCACUUCCGCCUCGCGACCACCUUUCCUCGCCAGGUCAUCGCGCUCGCGCCGCACCUCGCUGCGCCGUCGUCGGCCGCGAGCGCAGCCGCUGCCGCCGCAACUGGCGAGCGCGUCACGGUCGGCGAGGCGUUCCAGGGUCUCGGCAAGACAGUCAACCUCGUCGUCGACGGGCUCGAGGAGCGACGACGGGCGAGCAUGAGCAGCAGGGAGGGCAACGACAGCGAGGACGAGGAGGACGAGGAGGAGGUCGAGUCGGAUUGAG